AUGGGGCUGUGGUGGGUGACAGUGCAGCCUCGGAGGAUGGGGUGGCUUGCACUGCUGCUGCUUCUGAUGCAGUGCUUAGGGCCUCUCGGGCAACGCUCACCACUGAAUGACUUCCAGCUGCUCCGGGGCACCCAGCUGCAGAAUCUGCUACAUGCCGUGGUGCCUGGGCCUUGGCAAGAGGACGUAGCAAAUGCUGAAGAAUGUGCUAGGCUCUGUGGGCCUCUCCUGGAUUGCCGGGCUUUCCACUACAAUAGGAGUAGCCACGGUUGCCAAUUGUUACCAUGGACCCAGAACUCCCCCAACACCCAAAUACACCAUUCUGGGUGCUGUGAUCUCUUCCAGAAGAAAGACUACAUCCGGACCUGUAUUAUGGACAAAGGGGUCGGGUACCGGGGCACUGUGGCCACGACAGCAGGUGGCCUGACCUGCCAAAGCUGGAACCACAGGUUUCCUAAUGAUCACAGGUACACGCCCACACUCCAGAAUGGCCUGGAAGAGAACUUCUGUCGGAAUCCCGAUGGGGACCCUGGAGGUCCCUGGUGCUACACAACAAACCCUUCUGUGCGUUUCCAAAGCUGUGGUAUCAAGUCCUGCCAGGAAGCUGCUUGCGUUUGGUGCAAUGGUGAAGAUUACCGUGGCUCUGUAGACCACACAGAGUCAGGACGAGAGUGCCAGCGUUGGGAUCUGCAAUACCCUCAUCAACAUCCCUUCCAUCCUGGCAAGUUCAUGGAGCGAGGUUUGGAUGACAACUACUGCCGAAAUCCAGAUGGAUCAGAAAGGCCUUGGUGUUACACCACAGACCCGCAGCUUGAGCGGGAAUUCUGCACUAUUCCCAGCUGUGGGUCCAAGGCACCACCAGAUCAGGUGGUCACAACGUUCAACUGUUUCCGAGGGAAGGGUGAGGGCUACCGGGGUACGGCCAAUACCACUACCGCCGGUGUACCCUGCCAACGCUGGGAUUCUCAGAGCCCACAUCAACAUGGCUUCUCCCCGGAGAAAUACGCAUGCAAGGACCUUCGGGAGAAUUUCUGCAGGAACCCGGAUGGCUCAGAAGCACCCUGGUGCUUUACAACCCGGCCGGGCAUGCGCGUGGCCUUUUGCUACCAGAUCCCACGCUGUACGGAUGAAAUUCUGCCCGAGGACUGCUACCAGGGCUCAGGAAAGCAGUACCGUGGCUCAGUUAACAAGACACGCAAGGGUAUCCCGUGUCAGCACUGGUCUGCAGAGACACCCCACAAACCACAAUUCACACCGGCCUCUGCUCCACAACUGGAGAAAAACUUCUGUCGGAACCCAGAUGGAGACAGCCACGGGCCCUGGUGUUAUACUACGGACCCAGGGACGCUAUUUGACUACUGUGCUUUGAAACACUGUAAUAAAGACCAGUUACCAUCCAUCCUGAAACCCCCAGUCCCGGUGCAGUUUGAGAAGUGUGGCAAGCGGGUAGACAGGAUGGACCGGCGGCGCUCCAUGAUGCGUGUGGUAGGCGGCCAACCAGGGAACUCACCUUGGACGGUCAGCUUACGUAAUCGAAAAGGUGAACAUUUCUGUGGGGGAUCUCUAGUAAAGGAGAAGUGGGUACUGACUGCCCGGCAAUGCUUCUCAUCUUGCCACGAACCUCUCACUGGAUAUGAAGUCUGGUCGGGUACCCUGUUCCAGAACCCACAGCCUGGAGAGCCAGACCUGCAGCGGGUUCCUAUAGCCAAGAUGGUGUGUGGCCCUUCGAGUUCCCAGCUUGUACUGCUCAAGCUGGCGAGAUCAGUGACCCUGAACCAGCGUGUGGCCCUCAUCUGCCUGCCCCCGGAGCGGUAUGUGGUACCUCCGAGGACCAAGUGUGAGAUCGCAGGCUGGGGAGAGGGCAAAGGAUCAAGCAGUGCCUCAGUCUUACAUGUAGCGUCGAUGAACGUCAUCUCCAACCAGGAAUGUAACGUAAAGCACCGAGGGCGUGUCCACGAGAAUGAGAUGUGCACGGAAGGGCUGUUGGUCCCUACAGGGGCCUGUGAGGGUGACUACGGAGGCCCACUUGCCUGCUUUACCCACGACUGCUGGGUCCUACAGGGAAUUAUAAUCCCCAACCGAGUGUGUGCCCGGCCCCGCUGGCCAGCCAUCUUCAUGCGUGUGUCUGUGUUUGUGGACUGGAUUCAGAAGGUGCUGCAACUGGAGUAGGCCUGGCCCUGACCUCUUGUUUUGGGAAUAUGUCAGACAUAAAGCUGUAAUUUCUC